AUGCCGACGGCCGAGCCCACCAGGAUCUGCUGGAGCGUUACCUGGCGAAGCACCAGGCCCCCCCGCCCAGUGCGCCACCCGCUGAUGGCCCAGCGAGCCCUCACCAGGAGGCGCCCCAGGAUCAUUCUGGGCUUCGUGGUGGAGGAGCUGGGCUUGGGGGUGGGGCCUGGGCGAGAGGAGUACUCUAGAUUCAGUUUCCAUUGGCAGCAGCACCUUCUCUUGCAGCCAGACGCCGAAGGCACGAAUCCGAGGGUCAUGUUUGUUUUGUCGUGUUGGCGGUGCGGUGCUGUGAGCUCCGAUGGCACAUUAAAUCCGACGGUGUCCUCCUUGUGUCUAGGUCAAGUCGGGAAAGGGACCAGCUCAGGCGGGCAUGCAAAGGAGAGCUCCCCCAGUACAGAAUGGGGGUUGAAGACCUCCGAUAAAGUCGUCCCCGCGGAGUGUAGCCAGCGGUGA